AUGGCGUCUGCACAUGAAAACCCCUCCCAGCUACCAGCAACCGAGGGCACCACAUACAUACCCUUCAGGCCUCGAAAAGGUACCGGCAGCUCCAAGUCACGUAUUCUAGGAGGUUAUCACCAAGCAUGGGAUAGAUGUCGAAACAGAAUAAACCAAGUGAUACUUGAACAAUGUCAAGAUACGAUCAACGAGCUGGUCGAAUUUGCCGGGCAGCACGAAUCAACCCAAGAUUCAAGUCUGGGACUUCAAGAAAUCCCGACCGCAUUGGUCGUUGGCAAGGACCGUGCUCUGCUUUCAGCUCUGCUCACCCGGGCUACCCAUAUCCUGACACAUCCCGAAGAGGAGCAGGUUGCUGAAGGAAAGGGCAAGCAAAAAGCACGUGCGCCUCCGUUGGUGAUACAACUCGAAGAGGGAGAUUGCACCAAUACGAUGUCUGCGCUUCGAGCCCUUGUUACAGGGUUUAUGGCUCAGCUUGAAGAAGCGGAUCCUGACAAAGAGCCUGCUGCUAAAAAGAAAGUAACUGCUGCCCUUGCUCCUUACGAUAUGGCAAGAUUAGUGGCUGGGUACGAUGACUAUUAUUCAUCUCAAGACGAUUCUCCGAACUUGGUUGUAAUACUCGAUCGGAUGGAAGUGUAUGAUGCAGAAGUUUUGCAAGACGUUAUAUACGCGUGCAGUAAAUGCCUUGAUAGCCUUCCAUUCAUCUUUGCCACUACGCUCUCCGAUCCAUACUAUCUCCAAAGAGCUUUUACAACUGCGACUCGUGCGAUGUUGGAUCCUAGCAUAUUUCGCCCAUCGUCUGGAGCGGCGUUGUGUUCUGAGGUUGUCCAAAAGGCAAUGUAUGGCUAUGAUUCCCCUUAUGAUAUUUUGUUAGGGGAGGCGUCAGUAAAAACAUUGAAAGAUAUUAUUGAUAAGACCGACGGUAGAAUUGAAGCUCUAAUCACCACGCUUCAGUUGAUAUAUGUCGAACAUUUUCGAUACCAAGGCUCAUUGCUAGAAGCAGUACCAUCUCUUCAUGAUAAACCCGAGCCAAAUAUUGCACUCUGCGUUCACAAGGUUGAACAAGCCGAGCAGUCAGUUCGAGAUGCUCUCAUGGCGCUUAUGUUUAUCUAUAAACGACUGGAUCCACUCUCGGACGGUUUUAGAAUAACCAACCCACAGAAUCUUGACCAGACCCAGUACACUCCUGAGUCGAUGGUCAAUAAACUGCAUAUCGAGCAUGCGAAAACCGUGCAAAACAUGAAAACGCUUGGCUAUGGACUAAAUGUCUUACACCAUUUGACUUUCAAGUUUCAUUCCCUUGGGUCCUACCGACAGGAAGUUCCCCUGGGCUUCUUGGACUUGUUAGAGCUUGAAGCUCGGGGAGGUGAUCACCUCGAGAAAUAUGCUACCUGGAUGCUGAAGAGGGGCUUUGACAACACAUCUUUAUCAGACUCUGCGGAUAUGGUUCGGGAGGUGUUCAAAACACACUUUGCUCGGGGAGGCAAAGACUACCAGUUGCCGUACUCGGUGGAACUCUCGGAGGUUGCAAACUAUCUAUGGGAAUGUCAGGUGAAGAGCUUACCUUUUGGCGCUGAAGAUAAAGCGCGAUUGGCUUCGUACUUCACAAAGCAUAUUAGCUCUUCGUUUGGCCUCCGCUAUACAGCGCCGUACGGUGAGCUAUACUACACUGACACAUCCGCUGGAUUAAGGGAGACACUCGACCCUGCGCCCAGAAGCGUCAUUCUGUCAGCUUUGAUUCGCCCAGGGGCAUACUUCAAUUGUGAAUGUUGCGAUCCGGAAGAAACAUUCGCACCCGAGUCCAUGGCUCAACGACCCGAUACAUGCAUCCUCUUCCAGCGCAGCUUGGACGCUGGUAAACUUCUCAACAUAGCCGAUUGGUUUGGCUCAUUUGUAGCUGUCGUGCAACACGAAAAGGUGGAGCGGAAUACUGCCCAAACAAGCGCGCAUGGCCUGCGUACCCGAAGAAGGCGUUCAACUGAUAUUGAUGUUGACGGAGAGGAUAUGGUUGAAAUACAGAAAGAGUACCAGGCGCGAUUCAUUGAAUCUGCUCAUGAGUUAGAGUUUAUGGGGCUUAUCCAGGCGACUGGAAGGAGAAAAGAGCAUGUGAUGAGAACAGUUUUUGAGACGACGGACUGA